CUGUCACUCAUAAAGCAAUGCCACAGGAUAGAUUAGGCACCAUUUGCUAGAACUAAAUAGUUACCUUGUACUGCAAGUAGGGAGAAAUUUUUGUUGUUAAUUGGUAGCCCACCGCGCGCGCCGCAGAGUCACUGCCCGGCCACGCUGAAAGCUCCUGCGCGCGCGUUGAAUGCAGCAAAGUGUGACGUUUGAAUCUCGCGUUUCAUCAAACAGAUGUGGAGACACUGCUCGGCUGCCCAGCUGAGGUGAAGGGGAGGGCAGAGGAUCCCCAACCAGCCCGUGUGUGGAUGACCUUCCCCCCGGAAACAGGACCAUGAUCUGAAGAGGGCGCCGUACGCCAAACCCUGUUCUUCCUCCUCCUCCUCUUCCUUAUCUUUUUUCUUUUUUUUUCUUUUUGUAACUCAUCCUGGUGACAGCGCUCUGAGCGGGAUCACGGAGAGGACAGACUGACAGACAGACGGAAGGAGAUUUAUUUAAGGAGUAAGAAACGCUACGACAGCCAUCCGUGACCUCUGACCCCCCCGCCGCUCUCCCCAGGAACCUCCCACCGCCACACCGGAAACAUGGGGAGGAAAAAGAUUCAGAUUCAGAGGAUCACUGACGAACGCAACAGACAGGUGACGUUCACCAAGCGGAAGUUCGGCCUGAUGAAGAAGGCGUACGAGCUGAGCGUCCUGUGUGACUGCGAGAUCGCCCUCAUCAUCUUCAACCACUCCAACAAGCUGUUCCAGUACGCCAGCACCGACAUGGACAAGGUCCUGCUCAAGUACACCGAGUACAACGAGCCGCACGAGAGCCGGACCAACGCGGACAUCAUCGAGACGUUGCGAAAGAAAGGCUUUAACGGCUGCAACAGCCCCGAGCCCGACGGCGACGACUCCAUCGACCAAAGCCCGCUAAACGAAGACAAGUACCGCAAGACCGAAGACCUGGACAGCCUCUUCAAACGCUACGGCUCCACCGUCCCACAGCCCACCUUCUCCAUGCCCGUCAACGUGCCAGUAUCCAAUCAGAACGCAGCAGCCGCAGCCGCCCUCCAGUUCAGCAGCAACCCAGGCGGCGCCCUGGUCACCACCACCUCCUUCGUCACCUCGGCCCUCACAGACCCACGCCUCCAGUUGCCGCAGCAACCAGUUCUGCAGAGGAACGCCGGGUCGCCUGGGUUACCACAGCGACCAGCCAGCGCAGGUGCUCUGCUAGGAGGAGAUCUGGGGAAUUCAAAUGGAGCGUGCCCGAGUCCAGUCCGUAAGUAG